GCAGCAGUCCGGGGCAGGCGGCGGGCAGUGAUGAGACAGUGGAUCCCCUCUGCUGGGACAGCCUGGACGCUGCACGGGGAUGCGUUACCACCGGAUUGUGCACACCGGGCGCAGGAUGCCGCCUAGGACGCAGUGAGCUCCCUGCCAUGAUGUCCCUAUGGAUGCCAGCCCCGUGCCCCACCUGAGAAGGAGGCUGCUGCUGCCCCUCUGCACCAUGCUCUUCCUCUGCCUCUACAUGUUCUACUCCUGCGCCGGCUCCUGCGCCCCCAGCGCCCCGGCGCAGCCCGGAGUCCUGUCCCAACUGCUGCUCCGGCCCGAGCCCCGACUACAGGCGGAGGAGACGGGCUCCAUCAGCAGCUUCUACAACGGAUCCGGCAGCAAGAAGCUGCCCCAAGCCAUCAUCAUCGGGGUGAAGAAAGGGGGCACCCGGGCCCUGCUGGAGUUUCUGAGGGUGCACCCUGACAUCAGGGCUGUGGGGGCUGAACCCCACUUCUUUGAUAGGAACUAUGACAAGGGACUGGACUGGUACAGGGAGUUGAUGCCGAGGACAUUGGAUGGCCAGAUCACCAUGGAGAAGACUCCCAGUUACUUUGUGACAAAGGAAGCUCCAGCUCGGAUCUCUGCCAUGUCAAAGGAUGCUAAGGUGAUUGUGGUGGUGAGAGACCCUGUAACUCGCGUCAUAUCGGACUACACCCAAACAUUGUCCAAGAGGCCGGACAUCCCCACAUUUGAGAGCUUGACCUUUAAAAACAGGACUACGGGUCUUAUCGACAUCUCAUGGAGUGCCAUCCAGAUUGGCAUCUACGCCAAGCACUUGGAGAACUGGCUCCAGUAUUUCCCUAUGAGCCAGAUCCUCUUUGUCAGCGGGGAGAGACUGAUCACGGAUCCCGCUGGAGAACUGGGACGUGUCCAGGAUUUCCUGGGACUUAAACGAAUUAUCACAGACAAACAUUUUUAUUUCAACAAGACUAAGGGUUUCCCAUGCUUGAAAAAGGCGGAGGGUAGCAGCAAACCCCACUGUCUGGGGAAAACCAAGGGCCGGACUCACCCCAACAUAAACCCAGAAGUUGUCCAGAGAUUGCGCGAGUUCUACAGGCCGUUCAACAUGAAGUUCUACCAAAUGACUGGCCAUGACUUUGGAUGGGACUGAAGAUGAGUCAGCCAGAGUCGUAGACUUAUGUGAAGUAAACACAUCUUUCUGUGUGUCUGUAUAAAUGUACAGAAAUCUAUUUUAUUAUAAUUUAUUUGUAAUUCCUAAGCAAUUAAUUCACUAAGCUGCCUAACCACGCGGUUCCUUGAUUGCCCAUAGUAUUAACAUUCCAUCACAUCACGACCCUCGAAGAGACAGAACAUCAACGUCGCCUUCUUUUGCACAGAUGACCCACAGGCAAAUUCUUGGUCUCAAAAAAAAAAAAAAAAAAAAAAAAGGGUUUUUCAUCUCCAUCUUGCAUAUUCGCUAAUGGUGCUCCUUAUGCAGUCGUAUAUAUAUAUAUAUAUGCUAUGAAAGCACAAUAACGUUACCUUGGUGUUUGUUAUGUUUACGGGUAUUGAAAUCUUUUUAAGUCGGCAAGUUUGCAGGGUUCUUGGUUUUCAUCACACUUCCUGAUACUUGGGCAUUGAUUCUUCCUCAAGACUUGAUAGGGUGGUACAGCGUAGGACCAGAGGUUUGGUGGUGGAACGCAAAGCGCAUAGCCUUUCUAUUAUAGUGCCAUAUCCAGUUGAAUAACUUGGCUAGAAGUAUAAUCCGAGUCCUCAAACUACGGGGUCCAUUUGGUUGCCGCGAGUCACACAAUUUAUGAGGUUGUUCACGGUGAGCAUCCAAAUUCUACCAUCCAUGGGUUUGGAAGUGUGGAAAGCAACAUUGGUGGAUAUUGUAUGUUCAUCAUUUGGUAUUUACGAGGAUACAUCACAGAUCCCAAAGUAUUUUGCAAGACUCUCAUUGCGUUGUCAAUCAUUUGUGGUGAGUGGGUGAUCUAGCCGAUGAAAGCCUUUACACCCUACGUCUUCCAUAUUCUCUAUGCAUGAUAGGUUUUGUUUUAUAAUAUUUUAAUAACAUUUCCGUACCUUUUCAAUGUUACAGUCUAAAACCAAUGUCCUUGCUGGAUGCACCAUAACAUUUUAUGUUUGGACAAAAUACUUAAAAUUUGGAGUCGUCUUUGCACUAUUAUGAUGUUGGUUUUUACCACACUAAUGGGAUAUUUAUCAAAUUGCGGCACUAGGAUAACACAAUUUAUAUCUUCAUAAAUCUCCCACUUCAUACAGACCUAUCAGAAUAUUCUUUUUCAAAGCUUCAUAGACAUGGAAUACUUUUUUGUGCCAGUCCAAUUUCAACUACUUUCCCAAUUUGACAAUUGGUUGUCAUAAACCGACCUACUAGAAUAUUCUUUUCCUAAGCUCCACAGACAUGAGAUUAGUUUUUGCCGAGAAGUUCAAUUUGAACUACUUUUCCAAUUGUUGGCCAUUGAUUGUCCAUGUUCUUUCGUGCAAAGAACUGAUAGCCAACAAUUGGUCAAUAUAGUAUACAACCUAGUAGAUCGUGGAUACCUGGUAUGUUGGCUGAUUGGAUAUCAGUGCAUUUGGUGUUUUUGGCUGUGCACAGUUGAAAAACUUCAAGAGCACAACACCAUAGUUUCAAUCUCACAAUCUCACUGUGGCAAGCUUUAGGGCAACAAAAUGACCCGACCCAACAAAAUGUUCUGAAAAAAACCCAGUUAAGCCAUACUUCAUGAUCAUUAAAUCCAAGUUACCAUUUAAUGCUACCAGAAGCUGCUUACCUGCCAUUACCUUGCACAUGACUAUGUUCGGGUCAGUUGGCGGUGUCCUUUUUAUUUCCUUUUUACCUUUCAGGAACCCCACCUAAAAAAUGAACCAAGGGUUAUUGGUUUUGUUUCAGUAUCUAAAAGUGGUAAUUUUUACACUGCUGCUAAGAAGAAAAAAAACUAUAAAAUUUAAUGGCUAUGCAGAAAGCUGUAGAAGUAUUUAAGAGAAAAAAAAACAGUAACCUGUUAUUUUUGCUCUGUCUGAUGUAGCCAUGACACCAGUCCAAUAUGAGGCCUACUUAAAGGGGUUGUCUGCAUUCAGGGCUGAACCUGGGCAUAAGCUCCCCUUCACUCCUUUGGCAUUUCCCUGCUCCGAUGCUCCUCUUCCUUUGAGCUGCACCAUGCAGUGCAAGGCCUGUUCUUUGUGAGCCGGUGAUGUACCGGGCUUGACAUCAGUAUGCUAGGAGGAGACUUCCACCUAGUAGGGAGCCGAGUGAUGUCACUGACUCAAGUGGGAGGUGUAUAGCACUGUUCUGGGUGGUUUUAGAGGCGGUAUUACCGCCUCUAAAACUGCCCAGAACAGUGUUGUACACCGCCUAUCUGUGCCAAUGAUGUCACCAGGCUCCCUGCUAGGCUGAAAUCUCCGCCUAGCAUAGUGUUGUGAAGCCUGAUCCUUCGCCGGCUCACAACGAACAGGACUUUCCCUGCGUGAUGCAGCGCUAGGCAAGGGGAGCAUCAGAGCAAGGAAAUGCUCCGAUGCGCCUAACCUACAUGCUAAAGGAGUGAACGGGAGCUUACUUUCAGCCCUGAACCCGGACACCCCUUUAACUAAUAAGGCCUAGGAGCUUUGUGGUAUAUGCCUUGGUCAUCAUGGAGCUGAGUUCUAGUCCUCCUUUUGGUUUUGUACUUAAAGUACUGCUAACCUUCUAUGUGGUUAGAAUUCGCACAUAUGAGGUAGUGGUUGAGUUUUAUUCAGCCGUAUCUAUUUUGUUUUACUUCUUCUUUUUUUCUUUCUUUUUCUUUUUUUCCUCUAUCUGUAACCGGUUACUUUAGAAAUAGCAAAUUUAUAUAAAUAUCUAUAUAAGUAAAUAUAUAUGAAAAAGGAAUACAAAGGACAUUGAAACAUGAAAAAGUGUACAUUGAAAAUCAAGUAUUUUGUGGUAUGUAAAAUACAAAAAAUUAAUUUUACACAGCAAAAAAUGUUUUUAAGAAAAAAAAAAUAUUGCAUUCUGAAAUUCAUACUAUGUCUUUGUAUGAGCAAAUAAACUAUAUUUUACCAA